CGCGCCCGAGGCCCCGGGGCCCGGGGGCAGGGUCCGGCCUGACCCCUCUACCGGCCCGCGCUCCGGGUGCCGGUGGGCCUUGCCCCUCUUCCCCGAAGGCCCCGGACGGACGGAGGGGCCGAGCCCCGGAACUUCUCUCACACGGACCAGGCGCCCGAUAUUGGUAUCACUGGCCCUACUAGAGCCUCCGGCUUUUAUUUUAUUCAAGUCUUUAGCUUCUAGCUGCCUUUAGUCUUCAGCUUCUCCGCCGCCUCCGUCCACGAAAUGGUGCACUCUCCCUUUAAGACUAAAAUGGUGGCUGGCUGCGAUCUGGACUCCACUUCCGGUGGGGAGGGGGGCGGGACCCCAGCCCGCUCACGCCGGAAGUGGUUUGCGUUUUCAAGAUGGCGACUCCCUAUGUAACUGACGAGACCGGCGGCAAAUAUAUCGCCUCAACACAACGACCUGACGGGACCUGGCGCAAGCAGCGGAGGGUGAAAGAAGGCUAUGUGCCCCAGGAGGAGGUCCCAGUGUAUGAGAACAAGUAUGUGAAGUUUUUCAAGAGUAAACCGGAACUGCCCCCAGGUCUGAGCCCCGAGGCUACUGCUCCUGUCACCCCAUCCAGGCCUGAAGGUGGUGAGCCAGGCCUCUCCAAGACAGCCAAACGCAACCUGAAGCGGAAGGAGAAGCGGCGGCAGCAGCAGGAGAAGGGGGAGGCAGAGGCCUUGAGCCGGACUCUCGAGAAGGUGUCUUUGGGAGAGACUGCCCAACCCCCCAGUGCUCCGCAGGGCUCCCGGGCAGCCCCAGCAGCAGCCUCUGACCAGCCUGACUCAGCCGCCACCACGGAGAAGGCCAAGAAGAUAAAAAACCUAAAGAAGAAGCUUCGGCAGGUGGAAGAGCUGCAGCAACGGAUCCAGGCUGGGGAAAUCAGCCAGCCCAGCAAAGAGCAGCUGGAGAAGCUAGCAAGGAGGAGGGCGCUCGAGGAGGAGCUUGAGGACUUGGAGCUGGGCCUGUGAGGCCUUUGGGGAAUAGGGAAUGGACUGCAGAACAAACCAUGGGGCUCUCUGGGGGCCUGGGGAACGUGGGCAGCAGCAGUCAGGAGGGGUAACCCCCCCAAUACUGACUCGCUUCCAUCUCUCAUGGCCCAACUCCAUCCUCCAGAGCCUGGCCUUGCCGUCAUUCCUUCCCUCUUCUUCCCAACUCCUAUUUUUUGGACUUUUCUCCUUCCCAUUCCCAGUGUUGAAAAUCUCAGUGACUACCCCAGGUACCUUUGCUGCUGAUUUGGGUGUCUUGUUUCAAAGAAAAUUGGGUGGGUGGGCAUCUCUUGGAGAACUGAGGUCGAGGGUAGGGGGAGUACACCCAAGUCUUGGAGUCUUGGUUCCUGUUCACAGUGUUUAUGGGUUAUUUCUCCCUCCGUCCCUCGCCUUUUUUUUUUUUUUUUUUUUAAGAACAGAAUAAACUCAAGUAGACAACAUG